GCAGUCGCGACGGUCGAAUCAGUACAAGUCGUAGUCUUUAAGGUUGUUGUUGUUAUUAGUUAAGUUAAAGUAACCAUGUUCGCGUCUUGCAAUACCGCUGCGGCAACUAUAGUUUUAAGUGUUUAUUUAUUUGUACCGGAAGCAACGUCUCUAUCGUGCUACGAAUGCACAGAAUCGGACGGGCAGCAUUGUAAAGAUCCAUUCGAGGCAUCUCGGGUGACAGUCACCGACUGCGACAGGUCCAUAUACACGGUGGACCAAAUGCGGAUGACGACCAAGCAUUUCGCAUGCCUUUUACUCGUCGAAAGCGACAUAACCUCGAAUUUGAAAACGUUUACAAGACGAUGCAGCAUCAGCAACUCGAACGACACGUGCGCCAACAUCGAGGCAAAAAACAAAAUGGCGGGCAACGUGGCGACCACGUGUUUCCAGUGCGAGCGGGACCUGUGCAACUCGUCGGGGGGUUUCGGACCCAGUGCGCUCCACCUUGCCGCUUUCCUUCUGUUUAUUUAUUGUUAUUUUUAACCAUUUUCGUGACUAUUUUGAUAAAUUAUUUAUUAAUAAAGUAUUCUAAAAGUUGAUCCGAUGCCCU